AUGGAUCAAAAAUUAGUAUAUUUAGGACUUUCAUCAAUGAGUGGUGUAAAAUUUAGUGAAAUAGUUGAAGAAGAUAAUAUAGAAAGUUCCGUAGAUAUAUUAAAAGCACAUGAAUUAUCUUUAUCAAGUGGAUUUGUUGGAAACUUAUUUGCACAAUCAAGUGUAUUUGGUGGAAACAUAUUUGCACAAUCACCAGAUAUAAUUUAUGUAAAAACAUUGAGUGGUAAAACAAUUGAUUUCCCAUUUCAAUCAUCUAUGCUAAUAGAAACACUUAAAUCAAUGAUUUUUAAGAAUCAAGGAAUUCUAGAAGAUCAACAAAGAUUAUUAUAUGCUGGUAAACAAUUGGAAGAUGGUAGAUCAUUGUUUGAAUAUAAUAUUCAGAAAGAAAGUACUUUACAUUUAGUAUUAAGACUACGUGGUGGAAAUAGUCAGGCAUUACAAAUUGAUCCAAAAUAUUUCUCACCAAGUUUCAACUAUGAUUUUACAAAUAUCAUUGAUGUAAAUAAGUUCUUUAGAGGUGGAGAAGAGUAUGUUCGUCCAUGUGGUUGGAUGAGAUACGCAUUAAAUGUUACAAAUUUAAUAGAUAAAGAUGGUGAUAAAUGGUUAGGUUGUAAUAAUACAGAUGGAGAAUGGCCAGUUUCAUAUCAUGGUACUGGUAAACAUGAAUCAAAAAGUAUAGCUGAAAAAGGUUACGAUUUAUCAAAGGGUAAGAGAUUUUUAUAUGGUCGUGGUGUUUACUCAACACCAUCAAUUAAAUGCGCUGAAGCUUAUGCAACAUCAUUCAUACAUGAAGGAUCAACCUAUAGAGUAGUAUUCCAAAACCGUGUCAAUCCAAAAACAUUAAUUAAAAUUCCAAAAUCUCAAACUAAUUUUGAAGAAUAUUGGAUUUCACCAAAAGAUGAAGAUAUUAGACCAUACAGUAUUUGUAUAAAAAAAAUUAAUUAA